UCGGCUACUACAUUUCCCAUCAUUCACAGUUUCCCAGAGGUGACUUUACAGUACUGUGAAUUUUGUCAUCUCGCACAUUUAGAUCAAUAGACUGAACAACACAAUGGCUGGUAAUCACGCGAGCUCAAAGGAGGAAAUGGUUGCACAGUUUCUUGAUUCUGCUGCCAGAGGAGAUGUUGCCAGAGUUUCUGCGAUGAUUUCACAUUCAAGCUCCCUGUUAAACGAGAGUGGGGAUAAUGGCUGGACUGCGUUAAUGCUUGCUGCUCGGAAUGGACAUUUUGAGGUGGCGAAAACUCUCCUUGAAAAAGGGUGCGACAAAUCUUUAAUAAAUAAAGCUGGUCAAACCUCACUCGAUAUUGCCAUAUUUUGGGGACAUAAGCAUAUCGUUCAAUUACUGGAUAACGCUAAAAGUGGCGGUAAACAUUGGUUUCUUUCCAGUAUCACUGAUGAGCAUGAAAACUAUUUCGGCAGAGCAUUGCUGAACAGACUAAGUGAGAAGAGGACAGACAGCAAGUGGCUAAAGUCCAAGCAGUGCUGCCCGAGCACUGUGUAUAUCCUCUUCUCAAAUUUAAAUCCACUAGUUACUUCAAGAGAAGAUGAAGCGGUUUCCAACAAGCCAGCUAUUAGACUUUGUAGGCUGGGGCUGGAGUCUGUAAAAGGACUACUCUCUCUACCAGGCACAACUUUGAUUUUCCUUGGCGUUGAGAAGCAAAAACAAAUUACUUCCCCGUCUACUCUAAAAGAUGGUGAUGACCCUGUUGCCUGGUUUGCCCUCAGCGUAGAUGACGUUCCCAUCAAACAAAUCAGACAGCAGCACGUAAACUCUUACUAUCUUCAACCACUUAUGCCUGGACUUUUAAAGCUAAAUGAGGAGGAAGCUGGGGUUGUUGCACAAGCUAGAUCAGUUCUUGCUUGGCACGGCCGCUAUAGCUUUUGUCCAACGUGUGGAAGUAAAACAAGGGAAGACGAAGGUGGCUACAAAAGGACCUGCCUGAACGAGGACUGCGAAAGUCUCCGAGGCAUCCACAAUACCUCUUACCCUCGAGUUGAUCCCGUUGUUAUCAUGUUGGUUGUUCAUCCAGAUGAAAAUCAGUGCCUUUUGGGCAGAAAAAGAGUAUUUCUGCCUGGAAUGUUCUCAUGUCUUGCAGGAUUCAUUGAGCCAGGGGAGACUAUUGAGGAUGCAGUAAGAAGAGAGGUAGAGGAGGAGAGUGGAGUCAAAGUUGGUCCAGUGCGUUAUGUUUCUUGUCAGCCUUGGCCAAUGCCCUCCUCUCUAAUGAUUGGAUGCCUGGCUUCUGCAAUAUCAACAGAAAUUAAAGUUGACCAAAAUGAAAUAGAGGAGGCUCGCUGGUUUACACGACAACAGGUUGUAGACGUUCUUCUGAAAGGUAACCAGCCAUCUUUCUCUAUGCCACCUAGACAAGCCAUUGCACAUCAGCUGAUAAGGCACUGGAUUGGUGUGAAUGCUAACCUCUGACCUUCACAAAGGUCACAAUGCUUAGUUUUAGAUACGAAUGACUCUAAUUGUGCUCCUGGUUGUAGGCUGUGAAUGUCACAGUACUUCUGUGUCAGGACAAAAAAACAGAAGUAGAAAUGUAGUUGUUUAAAAAAAGCUUCUUAAGCUCAUAGCAAAAGUCUGGGUGAACUGAUGUAUACACUGUAAAAUGAAAGACUUAAAAAUUUAAGUUUAGUUCAUUAAGGUUCCAAAUAUUUUAUGUUUAAUGUUAAUUUCUUCUAAACGUCAAAGCACUGCUUAAUUAAUGUGCUAUAGAAAUUACAGAAAUGUUUAAAAAUUGUACAGUUCCAGAAUAUGGAUAAUGGCAAAUUAAACAAAUUGUAAAUAAA